GCAGUAACAAAGUUUGAGACGGAAUUCCUCGUCAGCUAUCUGUCAGCAGCAAUGUAAACAUUUCAUUCAUGUGCGGUGGAUUUGCCUACAGAAGUGACUGUGGGAACCUCUGAUGUUGCUCUGAGAGCAUGGCCUCCACCUCUAGUUUUGCCCCUCCAAAACUAGCAGACUUCAUCUUGACAGAGCGUCUGGGCAGCGGUACAUAUGCUACUGUCUACAAAGCCUACAGAAAGGGGAACAGUCGAGAAGUGGUGGCAGUGAAAGUUGUGGGGAAGAAAACUCUCAACAAGGCCUCAACAGAAAACCUUCUCACAGAGAUUGAAAUCUUAAAGACUGUGCGUCAUCCUCAUAUAGUCCAACUCAAAGACUUCCAGUGGGAUGCAGAGAACAUUUAUUUAAUCCUGGAAUGGUGUUCAGGUGGAGAUCUCUCCCAGUUUAUUCGCAGUCGCAGGAUUUUACCUGAGAGUGUGGCUCGGCGCUUCCUGCAGCAGAUAGCCUGUGCUCUUCAGUUCCUUCAUGAACGGAAUAUCUCACACUUGGAUUUGAAGCCCCAGAAUAUUCUACUGAGCGGCUCGGUCCUCAAACUAGCAGAUUUUGGGUUUGCCCAGUACAUGUCACCGUGGGAUGAAAAGAGUGUGCUGAGAGGCUCUCCUCUCUACAUGGCUCCUGAGAUGGUGUGCAGACGCCAGUAUGACUCUAGAGUGGAUCUGUGGUCAGUCGGCGUUAUUCUUUACGAGGCUCUGUUUGGACGAGCUCCAUUUGCAUCAAAGUCAUAUGCUGAACUGGAGGAGAAAAUACGAAGCAAUCAACCAGUCGAGCUCCCUCCUGGGGCCCGAGUCUCCAAGGACUGCAGAGACCUUCUGUUGAGGCUGCUGGAGCGAAAUCCAGAUGCCCGGAUCACCUUUGAGGAGUUCUUCACUCACCCUUUUUUAGAUAUGGAGCACAUGCCAAGCGCAGACAGCAUAGUGAAAGCAAAAGAGCUGGUACUGCAGGCCGUGCAGAAGGACCAGGAGGGAGAGCGCUCUGAAGCACUGUCUUUCUACUGCAGUGCCCUCGAGCACUUCGUCCCCGCCAUUCACUAUGAGACAGACCGACAGCGUAAAGAUGUCCUCAGGCAGAAGGUCAGGCAGUAUGUGUCGAGAGCUGAGGAACUGAAAGCCCUUCUCGCUUCGGACAACAAGCGCAGCUUCGAGGAGGCUAAGACAUCCAGAGAUGUUCUCCGAGAAAUGUCUAAAAACCAACCACGUCUCCUGGCUGCCUUGGAGAUGGCUUCUACAGCUAUUGCUAAGGAGGAGAAUGAAUCAGAUGAUCUUGAAGUUUUGGAUAUGUACCAGCAAUGCUUAGGAGAGCUGCUGUUGGCAUUAGCAGCUGAGCCCCAGGGUCGCAGGAGAGAGCUGCUCCACAAUGAGAUAAAAAGCCUCAUGACCCGAGCUGAAUAUCUUAAGAAGCACAUUAAGAUUGUUGUUUGUCUUCAUUUUCAGAUGGAAGAGACUGAGAGGGAUGUGUCUCUGGAUCGGGAAUCUUUUGCAGAAUCUGUCAGAAGCUCAUGCAGUUUGCAGUGAGUGGGGCAGCAGCUGUGAAACCCAGGAAUGCCCUGUAGGUCGUCCGUCAAUGUUCAGGAUGGACACCACACCAGGCCUUUAUAGGAGCCAAAGCAGACCACAUCCUAACCAACUGAGUAUACUAUCUGGGUGGGAAGUGACAGUUGCCAACCAAAGGUGUACAAUGUUUUGGGUGCUGCUUUAAAGGUCCCUAAACCAAAUGAAUUGGCAGGUAAAAGACUUGGUUUAAAUGUAGUUUCAUUUUUAAUAAGGGAGACUGGAGGGUGCUGAAGUCCUGAAAGUAGCUCUUGAAUUUUGGAUUUGCACACUGGUGAAUGUGAAAGUUUCCUGCCUUUCAUUGUGUGUUGUUAGCGAGCUGAGCCUCAAUCCCCUCCUCCAGACACACCAUUGAUAUGUAAAUUCUGGACAGCUUGUCUGACAAUGCCAACACUGUUAUGCUAAAUGAGUUAAACUGAGACCGCUGCAUUAGUUAUCACAGGACAUCUACAGGUCCUUUCAGCAUGCUUAAGAGUUGCACAAAAUGCAAACGUAAUCGAACAUGAACUGUAAUAUUUAAUCACUGGUGUUUAGAAAUGAACUGUUAACUAGACAAAUUUGUGGGUCAACCACAGGCUCAUCAUGCUCUCAUCACUGACUGAAUCCUCAUCAGAGGUGUGGCUCCUGCUUCACUUGCACUGCCGUCGUGUUUAGGUUUGGGUCAGGAUCUGUAUCUGAACUCCUCACAAAUCCUUCAAGGCUUCUGAUAAAGAUUAACAAGUUGAACCGAUAUGCUGAGUUCUUGAGUACGUUGGCUCCAGCUGUAAAAAUUGUUCCUAAAGGGAAGAUUUUAAGGCAGCAGCAGUUUCCACACUGCUGUAUGGUUUACCUUUUUUUAAAUGAAAUACCAAACCUGUUUUUAUUGUGUAUUUAUUGGGAGGCAAAAUGACAAUAAAGAUGCAUAUUAUACAAAAAAAUCAAAUCUUCAAAGUUAGUUUUUUCUUUUCUGCCCAAUUGUUGACACCACAUAUUAAGACAUAUGAGACAUUUAAAUUUUUAAAUGUCUGCAUAUUGGUCAAUCUUUGAAAGCAAAACUGCUGGGAUCAUAUGCUAGAGCUCAGCAUGGACCCCAUGGUGUCGGCAGAGUAUGCUGGAAAAAACAAAGAUGUUAUGAGAAAUUACUGAUAUGACUGUUUUGAAUGGACAGAGACUGAAACUAAAAACUUCCACAAUAAAUUAUAUUUAACUUCAUAGACUAAUCAGUUUGAUAUUUUUGUAUAUCAAACUGAAGAAGGAAUUUGUGCUUUUUUAUGUUGCAAUAACUUUAAUGUCAAACAAAUCACAAGUGGAUUUAAGUAUAUUUCUCAUGACGAAUCAGUGGCAAGAUGAACUAAUCCUAUUAUGCUCUUACAUAUUAAAGUUUUAUAAGGGAAUGAGCUUUAAACUUUAAAGCUGCGGUAUGUAAAUUUUAUAAGAAAUGCUUUCUACAUAUUUGUCAGAACUGUUAGUAUGUUGUGACAUUACAAUAUGAGACAUCUCUGAAUAAAUUGAGUUCCUCUGCAAAUGGGCAUGCUGUCAUCUGCACAAAUACACUGCACUGUCAGAAACAACUAAUAAGAGCCAAGAAGAAGAUCUUGGCACUGUCAAUCUCCCUCGUGUAUUCGCUGCUCCUCAUGUGUUCUUAAAUAAGCAAAAUAAAUUUUGACAUAUAUUGGAUGGGAAUCAACACAAAAAAUUUUGAAAAUCUUUUCUUUGAAAGCUUCUCCCAUUUGUUUCAUUAAGGUUUAAAUUCUGUCAGUCUGUAUGUUGUAAAAUAAUCGUUGUCUUUUCUGCAAGAAUUUUUCCAUGAAGAACUCGGAUUUGAAAUUUCUGGCUCAAAAACUGAUGAAGUCCCAGAAAACUCAAGACGCGUUCCACCUGUCACGCCAGCUGUAAAAACUUUUGUUGUAAAAGCUUUUGUUGUAAAAGAGAGAGAAGCGCAGCUCCGAUUUGAAGCAUCCAGGACAGAGAACCAUGCGGCUCGUAGCUCUAAUUGGCUCUGAGUGCCAUCACCGUUUGGCUUGGCGUCUUUGCUUUAAUCAGGACAUGAACAAGUUGCCGCCAGAAAAACUUUGGCUCCAUUUGUGGCCCUUGUGAUUUCUUUGUUGCUUAAUUCUGGGAGUGCUGCCAAUUUAUGCUGCCCCACAAAACAAAACAAAAAAAAGUUUUUUGAAUGUUCUUCCAGUAAUACAGCCCAGGGAAGAGCAUCUAGAGAUGGGAAACAUAACCCAGUUUUCCCCCGAACCACAAUAUGUAUCUUUGUGGCUCUGAUUGGCCUCCAUUUUGUUUCAGCUCCAAUCGCACGAGAAUUCCCCAUCUCUCUUCCCUGAGUGGACCUGAUAUCAGUGUUCUGCACAAACACAGGUCUCUGCAGUUUGGACUGGCUAACCUGGACCUCAUGAUCCCCACACAGAGCAGGCUGGUCAUUCACUGUGCUCCAACAGCUGUCAUAAAUGGAACAUUGUGUUCUUCUUUUAGACAAGAGCCUCGAAAUCCCUGGGGUGGCUCUGACUCUGGAGUCGUGGAGAGAAGAGUGUGGGUCUUUGGAGCUGGGGUGGUUGGGUUGAGGGUUGUUUUAAAGGAAUGUUGAAUAAAGAUAAUUUAGAAAAUGGGCUCCAGCACACUGCUGCCUCUGUAACCCCACCAAAAACACUCAAGUCCCCAAGGCUUCUCUGGCCAUGUUUGUUUUGAUUUUGCUCCCAGAAUUGGCUGGAGGGAGGCCAGGAGGGAUUUGAGGGGGCGGGUUGGUUGUUUUGGAGAACCUUGGGAUGCAUGGCAGUGAUUAAGACAGACUGAACUGAAGACAGUCUCUGUAAACUGCAUGUAAUAACGCAGCUCUGUCGCUGUGAGUCACUUUAAAUCACUCUCACUGUCACAGGGCCAUCCCUUAGUUAAAACAAAAUUAAGACAAUCUGCUCAGUGCCUGGAGUCACAAAACUCUACCACCUGUUUGCUCUAAUGGGGUGGAAUGCAAAAGUCUUUUCACAGCAUCAACUUCUAUAUAUUUAGACAAACAACUUCAAACUUCAAUGUAUUUGAUCGAGAUUUUAUAUAGAUGAACACAAAGUAACAUGUAAUUGUGGU